CAAUUUGCAUGACCGCUUUGGUCAGCUUUUAUAAUUUGUGAAUUCUCAGACAUAAUCGCAUUCAUCUCUCUCUCUCAAAUUUCCAUUCCCUGUCUUUCAUUUUCCGAUCUCCGGCGAUCACAAUGGAGACCUACAAAACCAUAGAAAUCGUCCAGAAAAACCCUACCUCUCCAGUCUUCCAUCUCUAUCUAAGCGGUCCAUCUUUUCGCAACGCUCUGCCUCGCGACUUCUUCUCUGAGUUCCCCAAAGCCCUCGCCUCCCUCGACCAAAACCCCGAUGCUGCCGUCAUAAUCCUGGCCGGAAACGGCGGCCACUUCUGCACCGGUAUUGACCUCAAAGCCCUGAGCUCCACCUCGUCGCAGGCCGACUCUGACGACUCCGGUCGCACCAAUGAGCGACUUCGGCGUGACAUCAAGUUCCUGCAGGCCGCCGUCACGGCUAUAGAGCAGUGCCGGAAACCGGUGAUCGCCGCCAUCCACGGCGGCUGUAUUGGCGCCGGGGUUGAUAUAGUGACGGCCUGUGACAUAAGGUACUGUUCGCAGGACGCGUUCUUCUCGGUGAAGGAGGUCGAUCUGGCGAUCACCGCCGAUCUCGGGACUCUUCAGAGGUUGCCAGGAAUCGUCGGGUACGGUCACGCUAUGGAACUGGCUUUGACGGCACGGACGUUUAAGGCGGCAGAAGCAAAGGCGUUGGGUCUGGUUUCUAGGGUUUUUGGAUCGAAGCAGGAGAUGGAUGAGGGGGUGAGAGUCGUCGCGGAGGGGAUUGCUGCCAAGUCUCCUCUUGCUGUCACUGGGACAAAGGCUGUACUACAAAGAAGCAGGGACAUGAGUGUGGACCAAGCAUUGGAUUAUGUUGCGACUUGGAACUCCGCCACACUUCUAUCCAGCGAUCUAACAGAGGCUGUGUCUGCUCACUUGAAGAAGAGGAAGCCUGCUUUUGCCAAACUCUGAUACUGUAAGUGAAUGUAGCUUUCAAACUUGUGCUGGCCCAUUGUUUAUUUGUUAAAUAAUGCUCGUGGGCUUGGGCUGUGCUCCUUUGGUUUGGAAACCUUAAACCACCCUCUGUUGUAAUAAACAGUCUGCAUCAAAACAUAUAAAUAUAAAUAUAAAUAUAUAAAUA